AUCCCCAUUCAUGCGAGAAAAGUCGAUGCAACGCACACUGCCACCCCAAGCAAGCGAGAAGCGACGAAAGCAAUGAAGAGCUGGUCCUACGGUAGUAGCUUACUAUUAAUAGUACUACCAUAGUAUCUGCUUUCAUGGCGACCCAUGCAUAGGUAGGUAGGUAGGUUGGAUGGUUGAAGACCACCAUGACUGAUCGUUUCUUGUCUCUGGACAAGACAAGUGAAAAGAAAGAGAGUGAAAGCUCUCCUCUUGCGAUUCCCACUCCUGGACAACUGUUGCACGAUGCAGAUGAAAACGACAACCUACUAAUAGUAGUGGAUACCACUGGCUCCAUGGCGACAAACAGCCACCCAACGAUACCUCCGCAAAUUCAACUUCAGGAGAAUGCCACUGAGACGGUCCGUCAUCGGAACCAUCGUCCCGACAAAGAGCCUCCAUUGAGACGCGUUUGGAGUGGGAGCAAUAAUACAUGUAGCAGCAGUGAGCUCAUGGGACUCUCGUUGGCGGACAACCGCAAUAAUAGUACUACCAGCACCUUGCAAGAUCUGUUUCGAGCGCCAGAACCACCGGAUGCCAGCACAGAGACUGGGUUGGUCGAUUUCCGAGCGGCACUGUUGGCCGAACAGCAGCAGCAGGAUGAAAUCUUGCGGGAACAGCAACGAAGAUUUGAACAAGAACUGCACCACAAAGAAUCACAAGGAGGAAACCAUGCUUUCUCGGGAUCAUCGGUAGAGAAAACAACAAAAUCUCCAUCCAACGUUUUGCCACCAUUGUCGCCAAGUAGGUCUCCGUCACCUCUGCCACCGAUGCAUCGCAACACAAGCAACACAGAAUCCCGCCAUACCAGUACUGUCCUUGAUAGAAAUAAUCAAGAUUCACCAAACGACCAGCCCAAUACAAGUCCUGCGCAUCGACAUAAUCGGACGGUGUCGUGGAGUGUACAGAAUCUAGAGCAAGUCAUACCCGUGCCAGAGAUUGCUGCCCCAUCAGCUUCGGCCAUGCGCAGGAAACGGCUCUCGUCCCUUUCCGGGAGCCUCCGAAAUAUCUUGGCGGAUGUAACGCCCUUUGAAUCCGAAGCCGAGACCAAUAUUUUGAGAGCCGUGGAUGACAUGGGGAUGCAGCAGCAAAGGGAGGAUGGCGAAGCAUCAAGACAAAGUUCGUUCUUUUCCAAUUUACCACUGGACUUUACUUUACUGCUUCCAUCGGCAUCUCGAGAAACACACAGGCAGGAUCCACCACGGCGGCGAUCGACUCAUCAUCGUGCCAAACUUUCCGAGCUGUCGAUUGGCAACAUGUCCUCUUCACCACCCACUGAAGCGAGGGCGCAGACACCCAAACGUCCCAAUAAGCGAACGCGGAAAACACAUCACAGACACACACAGAGUGUCGAAGAAACCUUGUUUGGCCUAACGGCGCAGUUGAGCAAACUAGAUGGGGAUGCCAUGAAGAAUAUGAAGCAGGAAGACCUAGAUGAAGAGUUCCUGGAACAACGAACCAGCAAACUGAAAAAGGGACAUGAGCGAGCCAUUUCUUCGGCGGAACGAUUUGCCGAAGCAGCACACUUCCUGGUCAAUAAUGCCAUGCGUGGGAGUACACAACAUGGGAGACAUCGUCAUCAAUCGGUUUCCACAUUGCCCCCAAUCUCCGAUAUUGAAUCUCCAGCCGCCCAGCCGCCCGAAAACAACCAUCCUGACGCCAGUAAUGACAGUGCAAGUCGACACGAAGAACAGGGCACAACGCAUGAGUCAAAAGCAAGCUUUGCUUCCGCGGAGACUAGCCACAAGAGUAAACACCCAUAUCAAGCAAUGCAGGAAGAUGCAUCGGACGAGGCAAUCAUCACCGCGAACGGACAAGAACAGCACGAGGAGAAGAUUCCCAAGAAGGGGUCCAAGAAACACCAGAAGCACAGCCUCCAUUAUCACAAGGAUUUACUGGCUGAGGGGAUCCGAGAAGAUUGGGAGACCUUCAAUGAAUUCUUGUCUCCACGCACCAAGUCCAUGUGGGCCUACUGUAAAACGGUGCUUCUCUUCGUGAUUUUGCCAUCAACAGGACUGGCGUCCAUCUUUCACUACGUGCUAGCCAAUCCCAAAUCCCUCAAUUACGAUGAGGCCACGGAGGCCGAGGAACAUGAAGACCCAACAAAGGCAUCCGUUUCGUGGUGGAUUUUAUUUAUUGCCGUCAGGCAGGUUAUCACAUUGUCAUUGGCGUUGGCCACGCAUUCCUUCUGCAUUGACUAUAUUGUGCUGGGAAGCCGGUUCUCGCUGAGGUUUCUAGGGCCCGUCGCCACUCUUUUACUGGUUCAGAGCAAAGGAUGGCCUUUCACUGGCAUUAUGUGGGCUCUGUACGAUAUGAUACUCUUAGCGGGCAGUUCUCGCUUUGUGAAUCACUGGUGUUAUUGGCAAAAUGUUAUCUCAAUGUUCAAUGAAAACAAUCCUUCGGGCAACAUUCCAAACUCCUCGGCUUACUUGACCUUGCUAAGGCUUUCAGUCGCAGUCGGAGGUCUCGUUGCAGUCAAACGCCUCCUCGUUGGGUUGUUUUUGGGCCGACAAACCUUCAUCCAUCACGGUGAGGAGGUGGCAAAGAUCAUGGGCUCCAUGGUGCUGCUGGGAGAAGCUGCAACUCUUUCUCGCCUUCCGCUUCCUCGCCGAUCGUCCAAUGUUGACGACGCCACAACUAGCACUCCUGAGUGGAAGCAUAAUCUGAAUCUUUCGGAACUCCUGCAGGACGAAGUGAGUAGCGGAGGGGCAAGUCCAAUGCCGAACGUUGCAAUACCUAAUCUCGAUGACAACGGGAACGUCAGCCGUCCCGGUAACGCAAGUGCGGAAGAUGCUGAUGGCUCAAUUCCAAAGUCGGUGCGGCUGUCGGUUGGUGGAGGAAAAAGUGAAUACACAGCAAGUGAAAGACAAAUGAUCAUUGACCUUCUUGAGCGGUGGGAAGAGCCCGAGCUUGUGAAUCGAGAAACGAGCACGAAAGUCACCAUGAGUGCCGUGCUACAGUUUCGCCGUGCUCUGGCCCAUUUGAAGCGACACUACCCGUUCAGUCCAGCUUUUGGUCCUUGUGCAACGCGGGAAUUGUGUUUAGAAUCAGCCCAGACAGUGUUUGAUCGUUUGUUGUUGAGAGACAUAGAAGAGGACGGAGCAUUGAAUUUUGAUGUACUGGCUGUGGUCGCAAAUGUCAAUGGUGAGAUGGACGAGGAAAAGCUCAAAGACUUGAUAAGGCUCUUCAGACCGGAUAGGGAUGGACGGCUAUCCAGGUUUGCUUUUGUGAAAUCUGUUGACGAUGUCUACAAGAAACUGAGGCUGCUACAGGCCAAUAUACACAACAGCAGCCAGAUCGACAAUGCAAUUGAACACGUGAUAAAUGUUGGGUUCUAUUUCGUACUCGGCUGCUGCGUGUUGGCGGUCUUCGGAUUGGAUCCGCUUCAGCUAUUCUUUUCUUUGAGCAGCUUCGUCAUUGCGUUCGCCUUUGUAAUCGGGGCCGCCGCAUCGAAAUACUUCGAGGGCGUGCUGCUCAUUUUAGUUCAGAGACCUUACGGUGUCGGCGAUCGAAUUCAUGUUGCAAAUUCACAAGAUGAAAGUAGCUUUGACGGGAGUAGCGGGUGGAUCGUGGAGAAGAUCAAUCUAUUUUCCACCACAGUCUGCUACGGCACUACGAACGAACGCGCAACGGUGUCCAAUGGCACAUUGGCGAGCUCUCGUAUCAUCAACGCCGCCCGAUCUCCCAAUGCUGUUUUGUACGUCAACUUGAAAUUUGGGAUUGACGUGCCGUAUCAGAAGAUUGAGAUAUUUCAAUCGGCGGUGGAAGUAUUUGUGAAAGCACGCCCACGAGAAUGGCUAGGCUUUUUGGGAUUUCGAGCCUCUAGCAUAUCCGUGGACAGAGGCUUCAUUGAAUAUAAAGUCGUUGUCCAGCAUCGAGAAGCUUGGCAGUCUGUGAUCAGUAUUCUCACCAGCAAAGCGAAACUUACCAGCUACUGCUUGGAAGUCGCAAAGAAGUUGCAAAUGCGGUACGUGUCCCCGCCGCUUCCCGUCGACCUGAACGUUUUCGAUGCGAAACAGCUUCCUUUUACCAAUCUCGUUGAGAGCAACUCCAGAGAUAGCAUCGAGAAGACGGCCUAGCUAGCCUGGACCAGUAAAAAUUGAAACAGGGUGCUUUGUAAAUAGUGGAGUGGCAUACUUGCGUUCUGGCUCCACUUUUGUGAGACCGAUAACCCACUAACAUCCACCAUAGCGACGUAUACCUCCGGCUUAGGACGGAGACGAAAUCGAAGACAAGAAAUGGAAGCAUGUGGAAGCAGUUAACUCUUGGCCAAGGAAUUGAGAUGGAUGCUGACACCGAAUUCUAGGAACGAUUUAGAUGAACAUGGUGACUGCCGAUGGCACUUUCUCGCUCCAAAUUCAG